GUGGGUGUUAGGCGCACGCCACCAGCUCCAUCCUUGUCCCAGCCCGUGCAGGCGCGCGGACCUAAGCGACCCGGUGCUGGCAGCGCACAGCAGCAGCACCAGCUCCUGCAACCCCAGAGCGGGCAGCUGAUAGUCCUCAAUCUUAGGCCAUGGAUGGAAGUGGGCCCCAGUCAUACAGAAGGACAUGACAGCCUAUGUGUAUGAGCCCUUGCACAUAAAGCAAAAGCCACCUCAAGACACAGCCAUCAGCACCUCAGUCUCCAUGAGGAUCCUAGAAGGUAGACACAUACUACAGACCUGGAAGGAAGGUGAUGUGGAAGACCAGCUGAGGACUGGGCUUUGAGCCUUGAAGACCCUGUCUUACUUAUUCUUAUGCCCUGUACUGCACAAGGAACAGCUUGAUCUAUUCCCACAACAUUAGGCUAGUCACUAGACCCUCCCCAACCUUCCUUUGGCUUGGCCAGGAACCCGAAGCCCAGUGGUUGGAGUUGGAAGAGAAGUAACCAAGGCCCAGGGUGAGUGUCGAAGCUACAGGGCCCCAGAAUGGAACCCAAUGGCACUAUCCAUUCCUGUUGCUUAGACUCUACUGUAUGGAAAGUCACCAUCAGUUUGAUCCUCACCACCCUCAUCCUCAUCACCAUUGCUGGCAAUGUGGUCGUCUGCCUGGCUGUCAGCCUGAACCGUCGGCUCCGCAGUCUGACCAAUUGCUUCAUUGUGUCCUUGGCGGCUACUGACCUGCUGCUUGGCCUCCUGGUGCUGCCCUUCUCUGCCAUUUACCAGCUCUCUUUCAAGUGGACCUUUGGCAGGGUCUUCUGCAGCAUCUACACCAGCCUGGAUGUGAUGCUCUGUACAGCCUCCAUUCUCAACCUCUUCAUGAUCAGCUUGGACCGCUACUGUGCUGUCACAGACCCACUGAGGUACCCCGUGCUGGUCACUCCAGUUCGUGUUGCCAUUUCUUUGGUCUUCAUUUGGGUCAUUUCCAUCACCCUAUCCUUCCUGUCUAUUCACCUGGGGUGGAACAGCAGAAACGAGACCAGGGGAGACAAUGACACCUCCAAGUGCAAAGUGCAGGUCAACGAGGUGUACGGGCUGGUGGACGGGCUGGUCACCUUCUACCUGCCUCUUCUCAUCAUGUGUGUCACCUACUACAGAAUCUUUAAGAUCGCCAGGGAGCAGGCCAAAAGGAUCAAUCACAUCGGCUCCUGGAAGGCAGCCACCAUCAGAGAGCACAAAGCCACUGUGACGUUGGCUGCGGUCAUGGGAGCGUUCAUUAUCUGCUGGUUUCCCUACUUCACGACGUUUGUUUAUCGUGGGCUGAGAGGGGAUGAUGCCAUCAAUGAGGUGGUUGAAGGCAUCGUUCUGUGGCUAGGCUACGCCAAUUCAGCCCUGAACCCUAUCCUGUACGCUGCUUUCAACAGAGACUUCCGCAUGGCUUACCAACAGCUCUUCUGCUGCAAGCUUGCCAGCCACAACCCCUACAAAUCCUCCCUGAGGCUGAACAGUUCUCUGCUGUCCAGGAACCAAAGCCGAGAAGUCAGAUGGCAGGAGGAGAAGCCCCUGAAGCUCCAAGUGUGGAGUAGGAAAGAAAUCACACCUCCCCAGGGAACCCCAGACAGGAGACCAGCGCUGUCCUGCAACACCUGCUCCAAUAACCUUCUAAGCUGCUGUAAGAGCCUAUGGGGGCUUCGUUUUCUCCGGCAACACCCAGAAGGCGCCUCAGAGGAACAGUCGGGAGAGCUACAAUCUGAGAAGGCAGAAAGGAUACCAUCACAGGAAGAAAUGAGGGCACUGCCCUGUGAGGUUGUCUAGACUCUGCCCAGGACACCAAGAUCCUGGCCCUAUCACCUGGACCCCCCUUCUGGAGCCUCUAUGGACCAAGCCCUCAAACCACUGAGGACAAACUUCAGCCUGAGCCUGGGACAUCACAGAACAUACAGACCAGUUUCCCUGUGAGUGGAUUCCAGACAGGUGCUUGGGCUCUUCUAGGCUGAAUUCCUUGGGUUCAGAGCUCACACUGGUGCUGGCUCUAGGAGACAUGAGCAAAAAGCAGGACAGAUGUACACACAUGCAUGUAUGGAUGUGUUUCUGUAGAAAACACGCACAUCUGCUGAGCAGAGCAAAGGAUGUUGCUAUAGAGCACUGGCCUCACUAAGUGCUAAGUAUUUUGCCUACAUGGAUUUUCAUCACGUCUAUAUAUGUGAUUAGGACCAGCAACACUGGCCAGACUUUACAGAGCUAGAAAUUAAGAGUCAGAGAAGUGUGGAAUGUACCUCAGGCCACUCAGCUAGAAAACGUGCCUGGGAUAGAGGUACUCAGAAAGUACUUGGUGAGUGGGUAGAUGUGUGGAAAAAUGGAUGGAUGGAUGGAUGGA